AGGCGGGGGCGGCCGAGGGGGAGGCGGCCCUUGGGGUCUGCAGCCGCGCGGAGGAGGGUCCGGGCUCUGAGCCUCGGAGAGGGGCGAGCGGGCGGCCGUCGGCUAGCUGGGCAAUAGGAAGCGGUUUAUUAGGAGGGAGUGGUGGAGCCGGGCCAGGCAGGAAGACGCUGGAAUAAGAAACAGUUUUGCUCCAGCCCCUUUCCCAGUCCCGGGAGGCCGCGGCGCCAGCCGCGCACAGCGAGCCCCUCCCCGGCCCCAGCCCCGCCCCGGGGCCGCACCCGGACCCCGAACCAAGGACCCCGGCCCGCUGUUCAGCGCCCGUCGUGCAACCGAGGCUGCCGGGGAGAGGAGGAGGCCGGCCCGCUGCACGCUGCGCUCCGCCGCCCGCCGGGCAGGCCCAGAGGGACCAUGACCUUGGACCCUCCCAAGAGAGGCUUUCUGAUGCUACUGAUGGCCUUGAGCCUGACCCAGGGCAACCCCGUGAAGCCCUCUCGGGAUCUGCUGGUGACCUGCACGUGUGAGAACCCAUACUGCAAGGGGCCCACCUGCCAGGGGGCCUGGUGCACAGUAGUGCUGGUGCGGGAGGAGGGCGGCCACCCCCAGGAACAUCGGGGCUGUGGGAACCUGCACCAGGAGCUCUGCAGGGGGCACCCCACUGAGUUCGUCAACCACUACUGCUGCUACAGCUCCCUCUGCAACCACAACGUGUCCCUGGCACUGGAGGCCACCCAGACUCCUCCGGAGCAGCCACAAGCAGACAGCCAGCUGCCUCUGAUCCUGGGCCCUGUGCUGGCCUUCCUGGUCCUGGUGGCCCUGGGUGCCCUGGGCCUGUGGCAUGUCCGGCGGAGGCAGGAGAAGCAGCGGGGCCUAAACAGCGAGCUGGGCGAGUCCAGCCUCAUCCUGAAGGCAUCUGAGCAGGGGGACAGCAUGUUGGGGGACCUCAUGGACAGUGACUGCACCACGGGCAGUGGCUCAGGGCUCCCCUUCCUGGUACAGAGGACAGUGGCACGGCAGGUUGCCCUGGUGGAGUGUGUGGGAAAGGGCCGCUAUGGCGAGGUGUGGCGGGGCCUGUGGCAUGGCGAGAGUGUGGCGGUCAAGAUCUUCUCCUCCAGGGAUGAACAGUCCUGGUUCCGGGAGACUGAGAUCUACAACACGGUGUUGCUCAGACACGACAACAUCCUAGGCUUUAUCGCCUCGGACAUGACGUCCCGCAACUCGAGCACGCAGCUGUGGCUCAUCACGCACUACCACGAGCAUGGCUCGCUCUACGACUUUCUGCAGAGGCAGACGCUGGAGCCGCAGCUGGCCCUGAGGCUAGCCGUGUCGGCGGCCUGCGGCCUGGCGCACCUGCACGUGGAGAUCUUCGGCACGCAGGGCAAGCCGGCCAUCGCCCACCGCGACCUCAAGAGCCGCAACGUGCUGGUCAAGAGCAACCUGCAGUGCUGCAUCGCAGACCUGGGCCUGGCUGUGAUGCACUCCCAGGGUAGCGAUUACCUGGACAUCGGCAACAACCCGCGAGUGGGCACCAAGCGGUACAUGGCCCCCGAGGUGCUGGAAGAGCAGAUCCGCACUGACUGCUUUGAGUCCUACAAGUGGACGGACAUCUGGGCCUUUGGCCUGGUGCUGUGGGAGAUCGCCAGGCGGACCAUUGUCAACGGCAUUGUCGAGGACUACAGGCCCCCCUUCUAUGAUGUGGUGCCUAAUGAUCCCAGCUUUGAGGACAUGAAGAAGGUGGUGUGUGUUGACCAGCAGACACCCACCAUCCCCAACCGACUGGCUGCAGACCCGGUCCUCUCAGGCCUGGCUCAGAUGAUGCGGGAGUGCUGGUACCCCAACCCCUCUGCCCGCCUCACUGCGCUGCGGAUCAAGAAGACGCUACAGAAACUCAGCAACGGUCUCCAGAAGCCCAAAGGGAUUCACUAGCCACGGACCGAUGCCUGAACUUCCCUCCACCGGCGGUGUGUGUGGGGUGGGCCAGCGGUGGUGACCUGUUUGGGUAGAGGUUGUGUGAGUGUGUGUGCUGGGGAGGGGGGUGCCUGUCUCUGGGCAGCUGUGCCCGCCCGCCCGCCCGGCUGGCCCCCAGCCCAUCCAGCCAAAAAUAUGGCUAGACUGAAACCCGAUCCCCCCGCCGUCUGGCCCUCUGAAGGCAGCAGGCUCACUGACGCCUGGCUCCCUCCCCACCCCCCUGCCCUGGGUGCACCCCCACCCCCACCGCCCCCAGAACAGGAUGCAAAAGAGGCUCCAGGGCCAGGGUGGCCAAGCCAGGGAAUCCCAGUCCCGGACCCAGAGCCUGGACCUGCACUUUACCCCUUGUCCUCAGUCAACCCCACUGCCCCACCAGAGCUGCCGGGGUGGCACAGGGCCCCGUCCAGCCUCCGGUAGACACCCUGCCCUGCCAGGCCACAGCCUCCUGUCCAAAUUCCAGACACCCAGGACCCAUCCGUUUUUCUCUGUGGGUUUGUAUCUCGGCUCCAUGCUGCCUCAGGCCUUUAUCUCCUAGCCAAGACCCCCCCACCCCGCCCCAGCUGAAUGCUAGCUGCCUAGGAGAGCUGGGGCCUGAUCUGGGCCCCUCCCCCACCCCCUCCUUAGCUGACUUAUGGCCUUAAACCCAAGGAGUCAUGCUUUGGUGUGGCGGAGUCACAGGCCAGGGGAGAGGUGGCAGGUCAGAUGGGCAAGGCCCAGGACUUUCAGGGUAAACUGAGAGGACAUUGAGGCCAAGCCUGGCCAGGGAAAGGCUCACCUGGGAGUCAGGUCCUAGGUGCUUGCUCUGUGUAACAAGAAUGGGGCCGUUAUCCCAGGACCUUUGUUCUUUCAUCCACCUUUGGAAAGAUUUGGUCCUGAUAUCCUCUGAGGUUUUUCUCGGCUCUAAAGUUCUUUAAAAUUGCAGCCUAUGUUAGAACUCAGUUCAUCAGACCCUUGAAUCCUUAUGUCCAAACCCCUGGCAGUUGCCUCAAGAUGGUGAUUUGAGCACAACUUUAUCUGAGGCCAGGAGUAUCUGAAAUCUUCCUAGUCUAAUUUUACAAGUUCCGGUUCCUGUCUUAAUCCAUGCCUGAGGCCCAGGACUCAGACAACCCUGGGCCUUCUGGCAGGCAAGCCAACCCCUCUGUGGCUUCCAUUGCUCUGCCCAGGGCUGACAAGAGCUGAGGGCCAGUUCCUGCAGGGCCUCCAAGGCUCAGAAGAAAUCUGGGCCCAACCAGCAAGCCUCCAGCACCCAGGUUCUUGCUCCCCACUGGCCCCUGGCCCAGGCCCACACCCUUGGCCAGGCCCCAGAAAGUGGCUGUAGAGAAACACAUGGAAAGUUUAGCAUUUAGAAAGGUCAAGGGCAUAUGUCCACGCAUGGAGGUGACUCUGAACCCCAAGCGGGUGACUGCGAUGGAGGGUGAUGGGUAGGAGGUAGGGCCUGCAGGUUGGAGGGUGAGAAGCAGGGCUCAGGCUAAGGACAGAGCAGUCCCACACUUGGAGAGACCUGGCCUUGCAGCCCUCAGCCCGAGACAGGGUGAAGGAAGGACCCUCAGUUCUCCACAGGAGGUGAAGGAAACACAGCCUCCUCCCCUCUUGCUGUAAAUGCCCCAGCACAGCCUCCUGGGGCGGCUUCCUGAGUGUCUCUUCCACCGUUGCAGUGGCACUUUCCCAGGCCUGCCUGCCAGCAUUGUGCAAGGCCUGGAGGAGAAGCAGGAAGUGAAACUGGCUGAAACAGAAAGCUACAUGGACCAGCUAGGUUCCCACAUCAACUGGGGGGCAGUUUGCUUCCUGGCAGUUUCAUGUCUUCUGGUCCCUGGAACCCACCCAGUCCAGAAAUCAGGACCCCCCCCACCCCCUUGAAGGUUUUUACCUCUACUGGAUCUGGGGCCAAAAGGUUCCUGAGGCUCCGCAGUCAGCCUGAAGGCAGCAGCUCCCCAAAGGCUAGAAAAUCCCUAAGAGGCAGGAGGCCGGGUGAUGGGGGAAGGCUGAGAGAAGGGGCUGAAAGUGGGAGAAGAGCUAUGGCUCGAAGGGAAGGAGCUGUUGGUGAGAGCCGUCUGUAUAAUGCUGCUGGCUGAGUUCAGGACCAUGUUCCACAGCCGAAAUGACAGUCCCUUAACUUGGAGAGACUGUUUGUGGGAGCACUUAGCUUGUGCUUAGCCCCUAGUAGGUCCUCAAUAAAGCAUGGUUGAAUCUGGA